AGACAAAACAUUUCAAUUUAAAGUUAUGUCUCUCUAAGGUGUCCUGACACUCUUUAAGAUGGAUGCACAUGAGGUUGAACAAGAGUUGAAGAAGUUGACCGAUAAUCACCCUGACAUGGGCUCUGACAGUGACACAGACAUUGAAGAAGAUUUCAGUUUAUCUAAUGAAAAGCUAGAGAAUGACCUUCCUGACUCAAUGCUCUCCUACUUUAAAGCCUCAAGUAACAGAGUGAACACUUUUGAGCAACUCAUCCUCAAAGAUCUUGAUGAUCUUGAGACCAUGUGUAAUGAGAUGUUCGGCGUGAGUCAGCACGCUGAUCUUCUGAAUGAACUAGGCUCUGAUUUUGAAGAGGAUCCAUUAAGACAGAAGGAAAUCAUAAUGUCUGAAAUUGAAGAGCAAUUGGGCUCCCCAUGUGAAACUUAUGACUCAAAUGAAGAAAAUGACACUGAAUAUGACACACACAAGGAUUCUGAAAGACAGCUCAUGUUUGAAUGGAGACAAAUGGAGGACCGACUGAAGAAAGAGGACGAGCAGAGACAGGCCGAGCUUGAGGCUGAGAAGGAGCAGUAUCUGAAAUUAGAGGAGAAGAGGAUGUACAGAAAUGAGCAGUUUAAGGAGAGGAUUAGCAGGGCUGAAGCAACUAAUCAAUUUGAAAUUUCUAAAGCAGAAGGAGAGGAUGGUGAAAUAAGCCAAAGUGUUCAAGUUGAAGUGGUCAAACAGCAGGAGCUGAUCAAGAGAUUAGAAGAUCAGAUAGUGGAGGAAAGGCAAGCUUUUGAGGAAGUACAGCAGAAAGAGGUAAAGAGAACUGAGGCACGGCAUGCUGCAGCAGCCACAAAGAUACAAGCAGCUUUCAGAGGGGCACUCGUGCGUCAAUGGAGCAAAAAGGAGCUGACCAAACGAAGAGAAGAAGAAAAGAGGAAACAUGAGAAAAGGAAAGAAAGGGAAAGGAGGCGAGAGAUGGAGGAAGUAGUGAAACUGGAGAGGGAGAAGGAGAGACAGCGGGUGGAGCAGGAACAACAGCAUCACAGAGAAGAGGCUGAAAGGAGAAGAGCUGAGUACGAGAGAUCCAAGGAACAGGAGCGCCAUCGUCUGGAGAGAGAGCGCAAGCUGGAGGAGCAGAAAAGAAAAGAAACAGAAGAAGCAAAGAGGAUAGAGGAUGAAAAUCAGAGAACGGUGGGAGAAAUGAGAAUAGAAGAUGAAAUGAAAAAAGUACAGAAGGUGGAAGAGAAGAAAACUAAAGCAGAGGAAAAUGCAAAAAGCACUGAGAGUGAAUUAAAAAGAAAAGAGGGAAAGGAAGCAUGUAAAAGGGUAGACAAGAGGAGACUGGAGGAGGGCAAAAGAGAAAGACAGCAACAUAUGGAAAAUAUUAGUAUAGAAAAAGAAAAAGAAAAUGUAACUGAAGAGGAAAUAAAAAGAAGAGAUGAGAUGAAAUCACCUGAAAUGAUGGAAGACAGGAGAAUUAGGGAGGUAAGAAGAGAAGUACAUGAUGAUAAGGAGAAGACAAGAAAAGCAGGAAGAGAAGUACAUGAUGAUAAGACAAGUAAAGCAGAAGAAAAAACAAAGGAAAUUGAGGAUGAGAUGAAAAUAAAGGAUGAGGAAAAGGAGAAAGAGAGGAGAGCGGAGGAGGAGACGAGAAAAAAAGUAGAAGAAGCAAAGAGGAUUGAGGAUGAAAGCAAAAGAAAAGAGGAGGAAAUGCAGAAAAGUAUGGAAAUCUGGGAAGUAGAGCAGGAAAAGAGGAAUGUGCAGGUGGAUGAGGAGAAAGAAAGGAAAGAAAUUAAGAAAGCAAAGAGAACAGAGGAUGAGAAAAAAAUGAUGGAGGAAAUUAAGCACAAACAAAUUAAGGAGAGGAGGAGAAAAGAGGAGAAAGAGGGUAAGCAGCGUGAGGCUGAAAUAAUUAUAAAAGAAGAAGAGAAAAAGCAGAAAAUGGUAAAUGAAGAAAGAGUUGAAGAAAAUAUUAGAUUAAAGCAAAAUGAACAACUUAAAGGAAAUAAAACUGAGCAACUGGAAAAAGAGCAAAGAAAGAAAAAUGAGAUAAUUGGUGAGCAAAUAGUAAUAAAGAGAAAUGAUGAUAGGCAGAAUUCUGAGGAAAUUCAUGGACAUAUAAAUGAGGACAGUGUUAAAGGAUGUUUUGAGCAGAGAGAAGAUACUGAGACUGACAAGGAGAGCAGGAUAACUACAAAAAGGUUAAAAGAAGUGAAAUUCAGUGAUAUAUCCCAGGGAUGUCUUUCCCAGUCAGUUAAUAUUUCCAAAAGUUUCAUGGCCAAGACUCUGUCUUCUACAAAUGGACAGGAUGAGCAGCUCAGCUCUCACCUUGUAUCCACCCUGCCCUCUAUGUCCAGUGAGAACAGCAGCGUAACAGUGGGUGCACGUGAAAAGGAAAGUGUAACAGACACCAGAAGGCUGCAGUGUGCUCUGCAUGACUCCAGCUUCGCAUGUCUGCCUGACAGCACUGAGCAGAAGCGAUUAGGCUGGAUGAUGAACUGCACACCCUGGGCCAAGCUCUCCACGCAGAGUAAGAGGAACAGUCAGAGUGCUCCACCUAGGAGGAGGGAACAUAAGAGAGCCUCAGGACACAGCCUGGUACCUUUACCUGUGGACAUUAUUCUUAAGUCUGGACCCUGGAGGUCUCUUAAACAGGUGACUUCAGUAACUCUGGAAGAUUUGUCCAGCUGCAGUCUCUCCACACUGUCUGAGUGUACCAGACUACAGAGUCUGACGCUCAGACGAUGCAGACUUCAGGCCCUGGAUGGACUUAAACAGUGUACUCAACUCCAGCAUAUUGACUUACAGGAAAACAGUAUCACAUAUGUGGACUGCGGGGGUCUGGCCAGGCUUGAGGUCCUGCUUUUGGGAAGAAACCGGUUAACGAGCGUCCACGGUCUGGAUGAUGCUCUUAACCUGACUGUACUUCAGCUAUCUCAUAACAUCAUUUCCCGCAUCAGUGGUUUGGGAUCCCUAAAAAAGCUUCACCAUCUGACAGUUGAUCAUAACCAGUUGAUUAGUACGAGAGGACUGAGUGAAACUUUCACACUUUUGCAUGUGGAUUGCUCUUAUAACCACAUCAGCCAUGUCGAAGGGCUAGAAAACUGCGCACUGCUCAACACACUGGACCUGAGAGGAAACAACCUGACAGAGUUGCCUGUGCUUGAAAACCACGUCCUGUUGAGGGAGCUAUAUCUGGAUGAUAACAGCAUCUGCUCUCUGCAUGGCCUAGAUAGCUGCUGGCUGCCUCUGCUGCGCUGUCUGUCUGUGCCGCAGAACAGUAUCACUCAGCUACCACUGCUUGUGGACUUGCUCUCACUGAAGACAUUUAAUGUUAGUCACAAUUGUCUUUCAGAGCUGAGCAACAUUUGUAUGAGUCUUCAGGGAUGCAGUCAUCUUCAGGAGCUUAGCAUAUCUGACAAUCCUGUACAGCAGGACAAUACUUGGCGGUCUUCUGUUCUGGCAGUAAAUCCAAGCUUGAUAAAGCUGAACGGAGAGCAAACCGGCGCCUCACGAACACUCUCUGCAGACUCAACACAGCUGUGGAGCUUCCAGGCCCUGUGCCAGGCGCACCAAGAACAGAUUGAUUCAGUACUACAGAGACACGGCAUGGAGAUCAGCUCAUCUCCAUCUGCGCUGCAUGCUCAGCUCCUGGUUGGUAAACACAGUGCUGAGCUCUUUCAGUUGGCCGAAAAACAACGCUAUGAUCAUGAGUAUGGAGACAGCAGGGUGUAUAAGACAGCCACGCAAGAACCUGUGAACCUGAUGGUGAACUGUUCACCUUCCAGCAACCUUCAGAAAUUAUCUGAAUGCAAUUUAGCACAGGAGGAAAGUGCUAAGGUCAAAGACCAGCAACCAGAAGAGCACAAGUCUCUGAGCUGGCAAGCACCAUGUCCACCAAAUAUUACCCACCAAUCCCGGUCUUCAUAUGGUGACCAUAAUGCUGAUUGUGGAGGUAGAUGUUUAAGCCCUACCCAUGAAUUCAGCAAUACACAACCAGGUGAAGACAGACACAGCAAAUAUUAUGCUCACCAACAAUCCAGGAUGGACCUCAAAACAGUGGCAGUUAUGGUGAUCCAGCGCCGCUGGCGUGAACACAGACAGAAGAAACGCACAGACGAUUUAGGGCCACCUGCAAAAGCUCAUGCAAGAUUGAGACUGCAAAAAGAACUGCAAUCGUGUAAAUCCAGGCCUGGAUGUCUUAAUAAAGACUAUGCUGCCACUAUCAUUCAGGCAGUAUGGCGGGGCUACUCACUACGGAAGAGGCUGACUCGUGCUCUUAUGCUCGCCCAGAUAUCAGACGGAGAUGAAGCCUUCGAGGAGGUGGACAUAGAUGAAUUUGUUUUUGAUGAGGAAGCCAUGGAGAGGGACUGGAAUACUCUGCGUUCUGACAUGUUGUCGUCCUCAGUGCUGCCGUAUUUAGAACAGCUGCCGCUGCCAAAGCAUGUGCUACCUCUGCCAGAGCUUCAUAAAAAGACAUCUGUGCAGCCAUGGAAGCCCAGACAAGCCUGGAUUAGCGGAGAGGAAGCACCAGUGUCAGAGCAGAGCCAGUCUUCUGAUUCAUGCGGCAGAAUACAAUCUCCAGCCUCAACUUUAAAAAAAUAUUCUUUAUCAGAAAGAUCUGAGAAGAUUCUGAAGGAAUGGGGUUUUAGCAAUAGUUCCACUGCCCUUCUCAUGCUUAAAAGGGCUCAGAGGAUGAAGGCCAGAAAACAGCAAUAUCAGAGAAAAGUGCAGAAUCCAGCGGUGCAUUUGGCUCUGUUCAGGAACCACAAUGUGCGGCCUGAUCAAAUGAAGAACCAUAAAUCCAGACUUGAAUUCAGAGAGGAACUUAAAGUUGGGAGAGGAAAUUUGAGUGUUCAGGAGGCACCGCAAGUAGAGCCAGGGCAGAAGCAGAUGCAAAUGCACACACUCCACAGAACCUACCAGUGGCUCCAAACACAAGCUGUGCCGAGUCAAAGAAGCGCUGCCCCCUCCGUGAGUGAUCAUUUCCUCCCGGAGAUUGACCCUGAAAUUCUGAAUGGUGGAAGGGUUCAGCUUGUGGCUUCUACAGGGAGCAGAGAAGGUCCAGAUUCAGCCAUGAGCCAGUGGAUUGUUGGCACUGCUUUCUCUUCACUUCAACAUCAUCAAGCUUACACUCGGACACGCUCGGCUGGACAUUCAAAAAAAGAAGUGCCGUCUCCUCAAAGAGUCACCUUGGCUCCAUCUCGAAAGGAGAGAAUCUCAUUUCGAGACAAUCCAGUGCAGCUGAGUGGAGGCUGGGGGGGAGGCAAGAAGAGGUCUAAAGCAAACAAUUUAAAAUAACCUUACUGCAAAAAGCAGACAAUGCCUUCUUCCAAUGCCUUCUUCCAAUGCCUUGUAAAUGUAUGUACCUAUGUGGGUGUAUACAUGUUUUAAGGAUGAUGGAUGUAUGUUUUUUAGCUUAAGCGCUUAUGCCCUUUAAACCCUAAUAAGGCCUAAUAGGCCGUAUGAUGCACAUUGGAUCUCCUCUGAAAUUCCCUUGCAGCUUCUGUUUCACUAAAAUUCAAGUUCUUCCCUUGUAAAUUAAUUAAAAGGAAUGAAUGAGGUAUAACCCAAAUAUCUUCAGGCAGUCUCAGGAUGUGUGUCAUUCUCAAAUAUCAGUGACCAUGGCAAACUGUGGAAUGUGUGUGGAAACCAUUUUCGAUUGACAUGCUUAGUAUGUUAAUAUGCAGACAGGCAAUAGGAAGCAGGUCAUUGUUAUUCUAAACCAGUUGGGCAUUAUUAUAUUAUGUACACUUGUCAAUAUGUAUAUAGAAUUUCCUUAUAUGUUGCAAUUAGAAACGGUGGGUGCAAAUCCCUGAAGUACAUUUGUACAUUUAUUUAUUG